AUGGCCGACGCUGCGUCGCAGGACUUCAUGGGCCGCGUGAUCGGUGCUGCCUCCCAGGGUGCCGUGGGCGCUGUGGUUGCCGCGUCCCUGAGCGCGGUGACGGAGCCUUUGGUGAACAACAUGUUGGUGAACCGAGCGACGCUCGGUCAGGCCAUCAAGGAGCUGGAUCCUAGCAACAUCAGGAAAUAUCUGAACACCACGCUUUCCACCAACUUCAUCAAGUUCCCGUUUUUUGAGGCGACCAACAUCAUCAUGCAGGGCGUGGACCUUCCCCCAACAGCCCGGGGAGCUGCGUUGGGAUCGGUCUUCUGCUCAAUCACUUUGCCCAUCACGAACUAUCGCUUCAGAAAGUCGAUGAACAUGCCAGUGACGGCGUCCAAUCUCUACCAGGCGUACCCGCCAACGGUUCUUCGAGACAUCAUCUAUGGCAUCGCACGCAACAAGGUCUCUGCCUUCCUGAUCUCUCUGAACCCUGCGUUCGCGAACUCUACAAUGGGCCGCGUAGUCAACAUGUUCACCACCGUCGUCGCAGCCUGCGUGCUGUCCGCUCCCGGCAAUGAGCUGCGGGGCUACUGCCUGCAGCCUCCGGACCGCAAGCAGUCCUUCUCGGACUUCUUCCAGCCCAUCAAGUUCAUCCGCAGCACAUCCGUCGGUGCCGUGAUCAUGGGCAUCAGCCUGGCCAUCGGCAGCCUGGCAACCCCACAAGUGGAGAAGUUGGUGUCCAAGCUGCGGGAGUACCUGCAGAAGAAUCCUGUGAGCUACAUCCUCCUCAUCCUCUUCUUCCUGCAGCAGAUCCUCCAGAUGCGCCGACAGGCAGAGCUGGUGCAGGCAAUUGAGGCGCCCCAAAAGCUGGCCAUCUCCCCGGACGCCAAGGCUAAGGCUUAA